AGGAUGCUCGGGUUGGGGACAGGGACUCGGCUGCUGAUCUUCCUGUUCUGUGUGCCCCCCCCAGCUUGUCCCCCCGGCACCUUCAAGGCCGAGGUGUCCUCGAGCGGCUGCCAGCCCUGCCCCGCGCACACGCUGCCGGCCCCAACCGCCGCCGCCGCCUGCCCCUGCGAGGACGGGCACUUCCGCGCCCCCACCGACCCGGCCGCCGCGCCGUGCACCCGUCCUCCUUCGCCCCCGGGCAGUGUCACGGCCGUGGGGCUGGGGGCCGCCGUGCAGCUGCGCUGGUCCCCCCCCACCGACACGGGUGGCCGGCAGGACGUCACCUACAGCGUCACCUGCGAGCAGUGCUGGCCCGAGAGCGGCGAGUGCCGGCCCUGCGACGGGGGCGUCCGCUACUCGCAGCCCCCCCGGGGGCUGGCGGGGACGGGGGUGACGGUCACCGACCUGGAGCCCCACGUCAACUACACCUUCACCGUCGAAGCCCGCAACGGCGUCUCGUCCUUCAGCGCCCACCGCAGCGUGGCCACCGCCAGCAUCAGCGUCAACCAGACGGAGCCUCCGCGGGUGACGUCGGUGAGCCUGGACGGGCGGACGGCCACCAGCCUGGUCCUCUCCUGGACGGUGCCGCUGCGGCAGCAGAGCCGGGUCUGGAAGUACGAAGUCACCUACAGCAAGAAGGUGGACGAGAACAGCUACUCGGUGCUGCGCUGCGAGGGCGCCUCCGUCACCAUCCCCAAGCUGUCCCCGGCCACUGCCUACGUGGUGCGGGUCCAGGCGCUCACCCAGGACGGCCACGGCGCCUUCAGCCCUGAGCACGAGUUCGAGACGCUGCCCGAGGGAGCCGAGUCCAUGGCAUCUGCCGCCGUCAUCAGCGGCUCCGUCACCGGCGUCCUCUUUGUUGUCCUCCUGCUGGCUGCUCUCAUCUACGUCCUCCGGAGGAGGAGGAGCUCGCGGUCACGCCAGUCCCCUGAGGACGUCUACUUCUCCAAGUCUGCAGACCAGCUGAAGCCCCUCAAGACCUACGUGGACCCGCACACCUAUGAAGACCCCAACCAAGCCAUGCUCAAGUUCACCACCGAGAUCUCGCCGUCCUCCAUCACCCGCCAGAAGGUCAUCGGCGCCGGCGAAUUCGGGGAGGUCUACAAGGGCACCCUGAAACGCGGCAAGAAGGAGGUGCCGGUGGCCAUCAAGACCCUGAAGGUGGGCUACACGGAGAAGCAGCGGGUGGACUUCCUGAGCGAAGCCAGCAUCAUGGGCCAGUUCUGCCACCACAACAUCAUCCGCCUCGAGGGGGUCGUCUCCAAGUACAAACCCUUCAUGAUCAUCACGG